AUGGGUCGCGUUAGAACCAAGACUGUCAAGAAGGCCUCCCGCGUCUUGAUUGAGAAGUACUACCCUCGUCUUACUUUGGACUUCCAAACCAACAAGCGUAUCUGCGAUGAGGUUGCCAUCAUUCAGUCCAAGCGUCUUCGCAACAAGAUUGCUGGUUUCACCACCCACUUGAUGAAGCGUAUCUCUCGUGGUCCCGUCCGUGGUAUCUCCUUCAAGCUUCAAGAGGAGGAGCGUGAACGUCGUGACAACUACGUUCCCGAGUUCUCUGCUUUGGACACCUCGGCUAUUGAGAUCGAUCCUGAGACCAACGAAUUGCUCAAGUCUCUCAACUUUGAGAACCUUCCCGGUGUCCAGGUCACUCAACCUGUUACCGUCCAAGCUCAGUCCGAUGUCCGUCGUCCUCGUCGUGACAACCGUCGCCGCGAUUAA